AUGGGCGAGAAGAUUCCAGUAGCAGAAAUCACCAAACAUUCUUCAGCCGAGGACUGCUGGAUUGUAGUCAAUGGCAAAGUCUACGACCUAUCCAAAUUCGCCCCAGAACAUCCUGGAGGCGCAGAGAUGAUCUGGAAAUGGGCAGGCAAAGACGGCACAAAAACCUACAACAUGUACCACUCUGCCAAACUCAUUGAAGAAACCCUCUCUGCCUCCGAAAAACUUGGCGACUUCGACGAAUCCACAAUCACAGAAACCUGGACCCAAGCCCAAAAAGAACAAACCGAACCUGCACCGGCGGAUCCAAACGAAAAACCUCCUUUAUUUUCCCUCAUCAACCUCGAUGAUUUUGAACGAGCUUUCGAGAAAGCCGGUUCCAAGAAGGCUUGGGCGUACAUCUGGGGCGCUUCCAACGAUCUUCUUUCUUUAAAUGCGAACAAGUCCGCCUGGCAUAAACUCUGGUUCCGUCCACGUAUCAUGCGUGACGUCUCAAAAGUCAAGACGGAAAUGACGAUGCUGGGAGCAAAAGUCCAAAUGCCAGUGUGGAUCGCACCCAUGGGCAUCGCAAAAACCGCGGGGCCUGAAGGAGAAACCGCUUUAGGUGCUGGAGCUGCCGCAGCAGGGAUCGUUCACUGUAUGUCCACGGUUGCGAGUAUGAGCAUCGACGAUAUCAUCGCAAGUGUACCGAAGGAUUACCCGUACUUUUUUCAGCUGUAUGUCGAUAAAAACCGUCAGAAAACUGAAGCUACGCUCAGAAAGGUGGCUGGGAUGGAACAAAUUAAAGCCGUUUUCGUCACGGUGGAUUUACCGGUUGUGAGUAAGCGGGAAGCGGAUGAGAGGUUGAUCGGGCAAGAAACUUCGAGUGUGUAUGCCAGCGGGCAGAAAUCUGGAGUCGAUAAGAAAGGUGGUGGGAUGGCGAGGAUGGGAGCAUCUUUUAUCGAUUGGGCGCUGACUUGGGAUGAUAUCCCUUGGAUUAAGAAAGUUUCGGGGAAGCCGAUUGUUGUGAAGGGGAUUCAGAGUUCUGCUGAUGCGAAAAUUGCGAUGCAGAUGGGUUGUGAAGGGAUUGUGGUUUCUAAUCAUGGGGGGAGGGCGCUGGAUAAUUCUCCAGGGACUUUGCUCAUUUUGCUGGAGCUGAGGAGGGAUUGUCCGGAGGUGUUUGAGAAGAUGGAAGUUUAUGUUGAUGGCGGUGUGAGGAGGGGAAGUGAUAUUUUGAAGGCGGUUUGUAUUGGUGCCAGAGGGGUAGGUGUUGGCAGGCCGUUUCAGUGUGCGAUUCUGUAUGACCGGGAGGGUGUGGAACAUGCGGCGAAUAUCCUUCAAGACGAGCUCGAGACUGCUAUGCGAUUGUGUGGUGUGACUGAUUUGGAGAAGUACCGCUUGCUCGAGAUAAGCCCCGCCUAA